UUAGCCGUUGUAUGUUAUUAACCGUAGCCGCAAAUUUAUUAUGCUAUCUGAGUUAGUGUCCAUUCGUGAAAGGUUAAAUAAAUUAAGAGAAGAUAUUGUAAAGUUAGGUCCAGAGAGGCGACGGAAAGAAAUAGGUAGAAAGAAACUAGACGAAUCAAACGAAUUAUAUAAUCGCGCGGCGGAUAUUGUGUCUCAGUUACAGAAGCAAACGGAAAAAUAUAAAAUUUCAGAAUUAGAGUUAGCUAAUAAGCAUAUAAACGAUAUUGCCGACACUUACAGUAGGAUAAAGAUAGCAUUAAAUUAUUUUGAUACAGAAUCUCAAACAGACGGAAAAAUGGCUAAGCCCAGUUUUGAUGUCAAGACGGCCAUCGCCUUGUUGCCCGUCAUGACGGGGCAGGAGGAUACCACUAAACAAUUAAUAGACGGUAUUCUAAUGUACAGUUCCAUUAUUAAUAGCGAAACUCAACAGAUUUUAAUAGACUUCGUCCUAAAAACAAGACUUUCAUCUAGCGCUAAGCUCAGAUUAAAGACGUCAUAUAGUAGCGUAGAAUUACUUGUCACGGAUAUGCGCACAUUCUUACUACCUAAAAAAUCGUCCGAAUCGAUUCAGGCUCAACUAUACAGAGCUAGGCAAGGUAGGAGAACUAUAGAGGCAUUCGGAGCCGAGAUCGAGGAUCUUUUCGUCAACCUGACCAUAUCUCAGGCCGACGGUAACCAUAGCAGGUACGAUAUACUUCGUCCGCUGAACGAGAAAUCAGCCAUUAAACGGUUUGCAGACGGUCUAGCAGACCCAAAAUUAAGCACAAUAAUAUCAUCUAGGCAAUUUACGUCAUUGCCCGAAGCAAUCAGGACGGCCAUUGACGAGCACAGCUCAUCACCACAACAGGAUCAAGUCCUACAUUAUGGACGGGGACAUUCUCCGGAGCAGGCCUGUGUGCUAUUAGGUACGAAUAUUUACAAAACAAACCCGAUCUUUUUAGACAAAUACAAGGACAUAGCAUUACUAUUAAGGGAGUAUGCGGAGAUUUAA